UGAUCCGAAUUCCAUAAUCGGCCAUUGUGGCUGCGAAAUAAAUGUUGCGUCUUGACUUUGACCGACUGAGGCAGGCUGCUCACUCAAGUAUUCACGGAUUACGGUUGAGUCGGAGUCAUCCCUGAUACAGAUGCUCUGAGCGACCUUGGGGCAGCGAGGUGUGUGGGCACAGCGAGAAUAGGUGAGCACCUGAUUUGCCGACGGCUCAUGCAACGCUCACUGGUCCCAACUUGAACCUGGUCCCCGUAGAUCACCCAACCCACCAACAACUUGUAUUCGGUCUGCACAUUGGAUAUACCUGUUUGGCUUGUCUUCCCAGCUGUGGCUAGGGCUACAUCUAGACUUGAAGGAUGACAGGAAAAUCCGGUGCGCAACAAGCCGUCGGAAAGGGACAUGCACAAAACUCGACGCCUGUCUCACGAUCACCAUCCGCUACUUUACGACUAAACGAAUCCAAUACGUCCAACGACCUCCCACGAUGGAUACGACGCCUCUGGAUAGGCUCUGGCAUGAUUUGCGAUGUUCGUGCCAGAGCCCCGUACUACAUCAGUGAUUGGACAGACGCAUGGAACUACCGUGUCAUCCCUGCCAUUGUUCUCAUAUUCUUUGCCAAUGUCCUGCCAGGCAUCGCAUUCUCGCUAGAUCUCAUAGAAACUACCAAUCAGUAUGGCGUCUCGGAGGUUCUCUUGUCAUCCUUCAUGGCCGCCUUCAUAUUCUCCGUGUUCGGGGCGCAGCCGCUCUGCAUCGCAGGCGUAACCGGUCCGAUUACUGUACUCAACAAGACGAUCUACAACAUCAUUGAGCGGCAGCCCGAUGCACCCGACUACCUCCAAUUCGUUGGGUGGGUGUAUCUAUGGGGCGCCAUACUGCAUUGGAUCACAGCGGCAUUGAACUGUUGCAAUUUCCUGCGCUAUGUCACCCUCUUCCCAUGCGACACCUUCGGGUUCUACGUUGCAGGUCAUCACAAGGGAAUUUCCCCAGAAUCAUCUUCGCCCUCGGGUUCAUCUACCCUCGAUGGUGCCUUUGUAGGCGUCAUCCUGGCCUUGCUGAUGCUCGUGACAUCAUUUCUCUUCCGGUCUUUGUCACAGUCAGCUUACUUCCAUCGGCAUGUCCGUCGCUUCCUCGCCGACUAUGGAAUGCCCAUAUCAUUGGUUGCUGCAUCGGCAAUGGCCUACUGGGGUCGGUUCAACGCUGCAAACCCAAGCACGCUUCCUACCAGCAAAGCCUUCCAGCCUGCCAAUGGAAGAGAGUGGCUCGUGCGAUUUUGGCAGUUGGACGGCAAGUGGGUAGGAAUCGCCUUCCCCUUUGGCUUCGUUCUCUGGGUCCUGUUCUUCUUCGAUCAUAACGUAUCGUCUCUCAUGGCCCAGGGCACAGCUUUUCCUCUACGCAAACCCCCAGGGUUCCAUUACGACUUCUUCCUCCUUGGUAUCACGACGUUCAUCGCGGCACCGAUCCAUACUACGUCGCUGCUCAUCAUGGGAUAUCCAGAAAAAAAGGAAGUCGAUGAGGCGCACGAUGACGGGAGACCCCCAGAGCGGCGGACGCAAGAGAAACGCCGUUCAUCCGAUCACAACGAAGCGGAGCUGCAGCCCGUACGUACCCGCCACUCGUUUCUCGAGCCGGAAUUAGAGCCCGAUCCCACGCAAGUCCGGGAUGGCGAGGGCGACGCACGCAGGCACGAAGUCCCUAUCGCGGUGGUCGAACAACGCGUGUCGAACCUCGCCCAGGGCGCGCUGUGCCUUGUCCUGCUGACACGUCCAUUCCUGCACGUCCUCCAUCUGAUUCCGCGCGGUGUAUUGGCGGGCCUUUUCUGGUAUAUGGGCCUGGACGCGCUGCAAGGUAAUGGGAUCACGCAGCGCCUCCUGUACUUCUUCCGGGACAAGGCUCUCACUCCGGCGGACGAGCCUUUGCGCAAGGUUCGCAAGUCGCGAAUCCUGCUGUUCGUCGCCGUGCAGUUGGCAGGCUUCGGCGCGACGUUCGCUGUUACGCAGACCAUUGCGGCGAUUGGUUUCCCCAUCAUCAUCAUGCUGCUGAUUCCGUUGCGCACGUUGGUCAUUCCUCGCCUUCCAUUCACCGAGGAGGAAUUGGCUAUCCUGGACGGGCCUACGGCAUCACCAUUCGUGAGUGAUGAUAUACAACGCCUACGCUCGACAUCUGUGCCUGACGUCUUGUGUAGACCAUGGCUUCUGUGGGAGGCGUAAGAUGAUGUGUAGAAAAGCAAGCAAUAUACGCCUUGCAAUGAAUGCAUUUCACGGGUCGCCGUUGUGACGUCUGGGCGUUCGUUAUGACUGCAGCGAUGAGCUGGACCGAGUAUGAAGUUUAACCCAUUAGCGCUUACUUGAAUGUGAGCGCGCAUGGAUCCCCCAGAUGCGAUGGCAUGUAUGUCCGUGUGUUGUCUGUGGAUCUUGAAACGGAUACACCUCUU